UGAUUUCUCCCACUGACAAAUCAUUGUCAUUAUUGCUCUCCACGCUCGACUCAUACGGCCUAAAACCUUCUUAUCAACACCGACCUAAGUCCGCUUCAACAUUUCAUCAUUCCUUAUAGAUGCGUCUUCUUCCUGGUAUUCUUUCUGCUGUUAGACCAACUGGAAUUACGACUAGACGAGCCUCAUCUUUCACUUUUUCUUCAUACAAAGUUUGCUUAUCUACAAUGACCGCUACAGCAGCAACCAAGCCGAAUGGCAAUGGAGGGAAGCAGGAGGUCAAGAUUCUCAUGCUUCAUGGCUUCACACAAUCUGGCGCUCUCUUCCGUGCCAAAACCCGCGCCUUAGAGAAGACACUUGUCAAACUCCUGAAUCCCAUCUCAAUUCUCCCUGUCUUCCUUUAUGCCACUGGUCCCAACCGUCUAAGCCCAGAAGAUAUCCCCGGUUACCAACCCCCUGAAGAGCCUCAGCCCGAGGACUACCAACCCGAUACCUGGGCAUGGUUCCGCAAAGAUGAAGCCACAGGCAACUACCGACUUUUCGACGAGGGGAUGGCUACCGUUGGACAGGCUAUUCGGGAGGCAGAGGGCAUCGAUACAGUGUGCGGUUUCAGCCAAGGUGGUGCCAUGGCCGCCCUUGUAGCAGCUGCUCUUGAGCCGGAACGCACUCUGCCUGAAGGAAAGGAGGGAGACUGGGCGAGAGGCCUUAGAGAGGCAAACUCUGGAAAGCCUCUCAAGUUCGUCAUUUCAUACUCCGGAUUCUGGGCCACUCCCGAAUCGCUUCAGUUCUGCUAUGAGCCCAAGAUCAAGACACCUUCAUUGCACUUCCUGGGCAGUCUCGACACAGUGGUUGAUGAGAGUCGAAGCCGGGCUCUCACAGAUCGUUGUCAAGACCCCCUUGUACUUGUUCACCCAGGAGGUCACCACGUGCCCGUGUCCAAACAGUGGGCAGCGCCGCUGGCUGGCUUCAUCAAGGAGCAUGGCCAAGAUAAUGAGCCCAAAGCGGAGCUGUAAGGACGAGUUCUGUUGAGGAAUGGUUUUCGCUACGACAUUCUCAUUCGAUUAUUUGGCCCAAAACACAUAUAGACUAAGACACACAAACGAAUAGAUAGACUUGAUGAAUACACCA